AUGAAGUUGAACGGUAUCGAAAGUAAUGCGCACGAUGAGCAGGUGCAAAUGCGCCGUGUUGCAUUUUUUGCAAUUGUUAUUUCGACAGCUGCUGUGAUUGCUUCCAUUGUCACCCUUCCAAUGCUAUACAGUUUUGUUCAUUCCUUUCAAUCACAUCUUAUUGCUGAAGCUGAUUUCUGUAAGUCUCGGUCUCGGAAUAUGUGGCAAGAAAUGAACUUAUUUAACAAGGAAUAUCGUGUUAAACGAGAAGCAGGCACCUGGCUCUUCGGUCAAUUUAUACCGCGCACAUCCGGUACUGCAAAUUAUCAUUUGGGAAGUGCCAGCUAUGGUAACGAAAUUCCUACACCAUAUGGUAGCAAAGGAGGUGGAUCUAAUGAUGGAGAUCUUUAUGGAGGUUCAAACAGUGGCAAUACUUACGGAAGUGCAGACAAUACAUAUGGUAGCAACACUGGUACUGAUAGCGACUACGGUAAGUCGGAGGUGCCGCCUGGUUACGGUCCUGGUCCGAUAAUCAAUGCAGAACCGAAUGUUGGAAGUUUCUGUUGUCCAUGUCAGCAGGGCUCUGUAGGACCACCAGGACCACCUGGAGAUCCUGGCCCUGAUGGAAAUGGUGGUGAACCAGGCAAAGAUGGAGAUAAAGGGAAAGAUGGGCAGGUGCUUAUAUCAGUAAUUGAAACCGAAGAACCAUGUCUUAUUUGUCCACCUGGACCACCCGGUCCAGCAGGUCAAGCUGGUCCAAAAGGACCACAAGGACCAAAGGGUGCUGAAGGUACAAAGGGUGAAGAUGGGAAAAACGGAGAACCUGGCAUGGUUGGUGCAGCGGGAUCGGUUGGACCGCCCGGGAAGGAAGGACUUCCUGGACCAGCUGGUCAACCCGGACGCCUUAUUCCAAGUGACGGACCUCCUGGACCUGUGGGACCACCUGGACCAUCGGGACCGCCUGGGCUAAAAGGACCUCCAGGGCCAGAUGGAGCUACCGAAGAUGGCCCCCAAGGACCACCAGGAGAUGAAGGACUACCGGGACCGCGUGGACAGCGAGGUCUAGAAGGACAACCAGGAUUACCAGGAGAACGAGGAGAAAGCGGUUCAUGCGAACAUUGUCCUGAACCACGUACACCACCAGGCUACUGA